AUGCAACCCCCCUCCACUGCCAACCUCCACCAACCAGCCACCACCACCACUGCGCUUACCACUUACAACCACCCAGACCACCCCGCGACACUCUCUCUCUCCCUUCUUCCCUUCUUCUCCUCCCUCUCACCCACCCCCUCCGCCAUUAUACCCUACCCGAGCCCUAACCACCGAACCACCUCCACAGCGCCGCCUCCCAACUCCGACCACCACCACAGCCCCAUCCCCUCGCCCCCUUCCUCUCCUUUCCCUCCUUCACCAUACACCAGCCCCACAAACAUAGCCCUCCACCACUGCCCCUUCCGAACCACCACCGUGCCACCGCCGUACAGCCACCAGCGCCACUACUCCCCUAUCUGUCUCAAAUUCUGGUCCUACAGACACCAGGUUCCGCCGUACACCGAUUUCUCUAUCAUUCGUAGUUAG